ACACGAGUGCAAGUUGGAUUCCAAUUCGAUCCGUCGCGGUGCGUGGAAAAAAUGCACAGAUGUAGAUAAAUCAGCAAGCAACGCUAGCAGAUCAGAUAGAGCUAUAUCGUCGCGAAAACCGAUUAAUUUGCCAUGUUCAGCGGAUCAGCCUGCGGAUCAAUUAAACCGUAAAAAACAGAGCAGGCGAGCGUAAGCAAGAGAGAGAGGUGAAGCCAGAGGCGGAGGCGCAAGACAAAGUGCAUUUUCAGGGCGUGUUUUUGAGACCCCCCUCGCCAGUUAAGCUCACCCAGCCUCCCAGCCGUCGACAAGAAGUUUGCCGACACAACAUUUUACCAACAUGCUGCAAAUUCGCAAUUGCACCUGAGCGGCCACUAGAACAACAAAUCAGAUAAAUCGCAAACUUCCUUUUUCCUCCGUGCGUGUGUACUUCUGUGUGUGCGUGAGUGUCUCCAAUCUUUUUUGUCUACUCCAAAAACGCAGAAAGAGAAAGAAAAAUGUGUGCGUGUGUGUGUGUGAAAUAAAUUAAAGCAAAGCAAAAGGCAAAACGGCAAAUAAUUGAGCAAAAGGCCAAGAGAGAAGAGUUAAAGCUGAAGUAUAUAACAAGAAAAGCAAAGCAAAUAAUAAGUAGUAGUAGUAAGCGAAUAAGCCGUAGCAGCAGGAGCCGAGAGAAGAGAGAGAAAAGUGUACAAGUUGUUGUUGCUGCGCAAGAGCGAAAAACCACCCAACCACCCACUGGCAAAUGGGGGCUCAGCAGGGCAAGGACAGGGGCGCCCACUCGGGAGGAGGCGGCUCGGGGGCCCCCGUCAGCUGCAUCGGCCUCUCCAGCAGCCCAGUGGCCUCCGUUUCCCCCCACUGCAUCUCCAGUUCCAGCGGCGUCAGCAGCGCCCCCCUCGGCGGGGGCUCCACGCUCCGUGGCUCCCGCAUCAAGUCCUCGUCCUCCGGCGUGGCCAGUGGCAGCGGAUCGGGCGGAGGCGGUGGCGGAUCCGGAUCGGGGCUGAGCCAGCGUAGUGGCGGACACAAGGAUGCACGCUGCAAUCCCACCGUGGGUCUCAACAUAUUCACCGAGCAUAACGGUACCAAGCACAGCUCUUUUCGCGGCCAUCCAGGCAAAUAUCACAUGAACUUAGAAGCCCUGCUGCAGUCGCGUCCAUUACCUCACAUUCCGGCCGGCAGCACGGCGGCCUCUCUUCUGGCGGAUGCCGCUGAGCUGCAGCAGCAUCAGCAGGAUUCCGGUGGACUGGGACUGCAGGGCUCCUCCCUGGGCGGUGGUCACAGUUCGACUACAUCCGUGUUUGAAUCCGCCCAUCGGUGGACCUCGAAGGAGAACCUACUGGCCCCCGGACCCGAGGAGGAUGAUCCGCAACUUUUUGUGGCGCUAUACGAUUUCCAAGCCGGCGGAGAGAAUCAAUUGAGUCUGAAGAAAGGCGAGCAGGUGCGCAUACUUAGCUACAACAAAUCGGGGGAGUGGUGCGAGGCGCACUCGGACUCCGGAAACGUUGGAUGGGUGCCCUCCAACUAUGUCACGCCGCUCAAUUCGCUGGAGAAGCACUCCUGGUACCACGGGCCUAUCUCACGCAACGCCGCCGAGUAUCUUCUCAGCUCCGGAAUCAAUGGCAGUUUCCUGGUCCGUGAAAGUGAAAGUUCACCGGGUCAAAGGAGCAUCAGUUUGAGAUACGAGGGUCGCGUCUAUCACUACCGCAUCUCAGAGGAUCCCGAUGGGAAAGUCUUCGUUACCCAGGAGGCCAAGUUUAACACUCUGGCCGAGCUGGUGCAUCAUCACAGCGUGCCCCAUGAGGGUCACGGCCUGAUCACACCGCUCCUAUAUCCGGCGCCCAAGCAGAACAAGCCCACCGUCUUUCCGCUGAGUCCCGAGCCGGAUGAGUGGGAGAUCUGCCGGACGGACAUCAUGAUGAAGCACAAGCUAGGCGGCGGUCAGUACGGAGAGGUCUACGAGGCCGUUUGGAAGCGGUAUGGCAAUACGGUGGCUGUUAAAACGCUCAAGGAGGACACCAUGGCACUGAAGGACUUCCUCGAAGAGGCGGCCAUCAUGAAGGAAAUGAAGCACCCUAAUCUGGUGCAGCUCAUUGGUGUUUGCACCAGAGAACCACCGUUCUAUAUCAUCACCGAGUUUAUGUCGCACGGCAAUCUGUUGGACUUCCUGCGCUCCGCCGGACGCGAAACGCUCGAUGCAGUAGCGUUGCUGUACAUGGCCACUCAGAUAGCGUCGGGAAUGAGCUACCUGGAGUCGCGCAACUACAUUCAUCGCGAUCUCGCUGCCCGCAAUUGCCUGGUGGGUGACAACAAGCUGGUCAAGGUGGCGGAUUUCGGCCUGGCACGUUUGAUGCGGGACGACACGUAUACAGCACAUGCCGGAGCCAAGUUCCCGAUCAAAUGGACCGCACCGGAGGGUCUGGCCUACAACAAGUUUAGCACCAAAUCAGACGUUUGGGCCUUCGGAGUCUUGCUGUGGGAAAUCGCCACGUAUGGAAUGUCACCGUAUCCGGCCAUCGAUCUGACCGAUGUGUACCACAAGCUAGACAAGGGCUAUCGCAUGGAGCGACCGCCAGGCUGCCCGCCGGAGGUGUACGACUUGAUGCGCCAGUGCUGGCAGUGGGAUGCCACCGACAGGCCCACGUUCAAGAGCAUACACCAUGCGCUGGAGCACAUGUUUCAGGAAUCGUCCAUCACCGAAGCGGUGGAAAAGCAGCUGAACGCCAACGCCACCAGCGCGAGCAGCUCCGCUCCGAGCACAUCGGGCGUGGCCACCGGCGGAGGAGCCACAACCACGACGGCGGCCAGCGGCUGCGCUUCCUCAUCCUCGGCCACCGCCUCGCUAAGUCUCACACCGCAGAUGGUGAAGAAGGGUUUACCCGGCGGUCAGGCCCUCACGCCGAACGCCCACCACAACGAUCCGCACCAGCAGCAGGCCAGCACGCCCAUGUCAGAAACCGGAUCCACUUCCACCAAGCUAAGCACUUUCUCCAGCCAGGGCAAGGGCAAUGUCCAGAUGCGUCGCACCACCAACAAGCAGGGCAAACAGGCGCCCGCCCCACCAAAGCGAACCAGCCUGCUCUCGAGCAGUCGGGACUCCACUUAUCGCGAGGAGGAUCCAGCCAACGCCAGAUGCAAUUUCAUCGACGACCUCAGCACGAAUGGACUAGCCCGGGACAUCAACAGUUUGACGCAGCGGUACGAUUCCGAAACAGAUCCGGCAGCCGACCCGGACACAGAUGCCACGGGCGAUAGUCUGGAGCAGAGUCUGAGCCAAGUGAUAGCCGCUCCGGUCACCAACAAGAUGCAGCAUUCUCUUCACAGCGGAGGAGGAGGAGGAGGAAUAGGUCCUCGAUCCUCGCAGCAACACAGCUCCUUCAAGCGACCGACUGGAACACCCGUGAUGGGUAACCGAGGACUAGAGACCCGGCAGAGCAAGCGGUCCCAGCUCCAUUCACAGGCUCCGGGUCCAGGACCGCCAUCAACUCAACCGCAUCAUGGCAACAACGGCGUGGUGACCAGUGCUCAUCCCAUCACUGUGGGUGCGCUCGAUGUGAUGAAUGUCAAGCAGGUGGUGAACCGCUACGGAACACUACCAAAGGGUGCCAGAAUCGGUGCCUAUCUGGACAGUCUUGAGGAUAGCAGUGAGGCUGCUCCUGCUCUUCCGGCAACUGCUCCUUCUCUGCCACCAGCCAAUGGACACGCCACGCCUCCGGCUGCCAGACUAAAUCCGAAGGCCAGCCCCAUUCCGCCACAGCAAAUGAUCAGGAGCAACUCGUCGGGCGGAGUGACCAUGCAAAACAAUGCGGCUGCCAGCUUAAACAAGCUUCAGCGUCAUCGCACCACUACCGAAGGCACCAUGAUGACGUUCUCCUCCUUCCGGGCGGGCGGUUCCAGUAGCUCACCCAAGCGGAGUGCCUCGGGAGUGGCUUCAGGAGUCCAGCCAGCUCUGGCCAACCUUGAGUUUCCACCGCCUCCGUUGGACUUGCCUCCGCCGCCCGAGGAAUUCGAAGGCGGACCACCACCUCCUCCACCGGCGCCGGAGAGCGCUGUGCAGGCCAUCCAGCAGCACUUGCAUGCCCAGCUGCCAAACAAUGGCAACAUUAGCAAUGGAAACGGAACAAACAACAACGACAGCAGCCACAACGAUGUUAGCAACAUAGCUCCCAGUGUGGAGGAGGCCAGCUCCAGAUUCGGUGUGUCUCUGAGAAAACGCGAGCCCUCCACCGACUCCUGCAGCUCGCUGGGCAGUCCACCCGAGGAUCUCAAGGAAAAGCUAAUCACCGAAAUCAAGGCGGCCGGCAAGGAUACUGCUCCGGCCUCACAUCUGGCCAACGGCUCGGGCAUCGCUGUCGUGGACCCCGUCUCCCUGCUUGUCACCGAACUAGCCGAGAGCAUGAACCUGCCAAAGCCGCCGCCGCAGCAGCAGCAAAAGCUGACCAACGGCAAUAGUACUGGGUCCGGAUUCAAGGCUCAGCUGAAGAAAGUCGAGCCCAAAAAGAUGAGCGCGCCAAUGCCCAAGGCGGAGCCGGCAAAUACCAUCAUCGACUUCAAGGCUCAUCUGCGCCGGGUGGACAAGGAAAAGGAGCCAGCAACUCCAGCUCCAGCUCCAGCUACUGUAGCCGUAGCCAACAAUGCCAACUGCAAUACAACGGGCACUUUGAACCGGAAGGAGGACGGCAGCAAGAAGUUCUCGCAGGCCAUGCAAAAGACUGAAAUCAAAAUCGACGUAACAAACUCGAAUGUGGAGGCGGAUGCGGGAGCAGCGGGCGAGGGCGAUCUCGGCAAGCGGCGAAGCACAGGUAGUAUUAAUAGCUUAAAGAAACUGUGGGAGCAGCAGCCACCGGCGCCGGAUUAUGCCACCAGCACGAUCCUCCAGCAACAGCCGUCGGUGGUAAACGGAGGCGGAACACCAAAUGCCCAACUGUCUCCCAAGUAUGGCAUGAAAUCGGGGGCCAUCAAUACGGUUGGCACUCUUCCAGCCAAACUGGGCAACAAGCAGCCACCGGCUGCCCCUCCACCACCGCCCCCGAACUGCACCACCUCCAACUCCUCCACCACAUCCAUUAGCACCUCUAGUAGAGAUUGCACCAGCAGGCAGCAGGCCAGCAGCACAAUAAAAACCUCUCAUUCAACGCAACUCUUCACAGAUGACGAGGAGCAGUCGCACACGGAGGGCCUGGGAUCGGGAGGCCAAGGAUCAGCAGACAUGACCCAGUCGCUGUACGAGCAGAAGCCACAGAUCCAGCAAAAGCCAGCGGUGCCGCACAAGCCAACAAAGCUAACCAUCUACGCCACGCCUAUUGCCAAACUGACCGAACCAGCCAGCUCCGCCAGCUCCACACAGAUAUCACGGGAGAGCAUUCUGGAGCUGGUUGGCCUGCUAGAGGGCUCGCUCAAGCACCCGGUGAAUGCCAUCGCUGGAUCUCAGUGGCUGCAGCUGAGUGACAAGCUCAACAUCCUGCACAAUUCGUGCGUGAUCUUCGCGGAGAACGGAGCGAUGCCGCCGCACUCCAAGUUCCAGUUCCGGGAGCUGGUCACGCGCGUGGAAGCACAGUCGCAGCACUUGCGCUCCGCCGGCAGCAAGAACGUCCAGGACAACGAGCGCCUGGUGGCCGAAGUCGGUCAGUCGCUGCGUCAGAUCUCCAAUGCGCUUAACAGGUAAAUGAUAAGACGGGGGAUGGACGCGCCCGACCAACAUCAGGGCAUCUGGCUGGAUGCCGAGGGUAACUUCAUUAAGCGCAAGUGAUCGGGCCCCAAUUUGUAGACCCAAUCGUCCAACCACACCAUCCCCCGUGGAAGCGGAACUGGAAACGGAAAUGGAAGCAAAGAUAGCAGGCCGGAAACAGGAGGAGCAGAAACAGGAAACGAAAAUUCAAGCCCAGCGAAGAAGAAAUGACAACUACAUUAGCAAUAGCAGCAACUAAAAUCGGAGGAGGACACCUAUGUAUCGUACUUGGUAGCGUGUAGUAGUAGCUUCUAUUAUAUAUACCCAUAUAUAUCUAGUCAGAUCUGUGCAGAGCCCCGACGAACGCUUCCAGAAAACCAAGAAAUUAGAAAACCGAAAACAAAACAAAACUGAAAUGAAAUGAAAUUAAAUCAUUAAACAAUGAGUUGCUAAGCAAAUUUGGGUAAGGUCUCGCGGGAGUAUCCUUGUUUUUAAUUGUAAAGUGAGAGCACACCUCCCACCCACUCAACACCCUUCUCCCCCCCCCCCAUCCAGCAACCCUUCAAACGUAUUCGCGCUUCGUUUGUUUUAUAUACAUAGAAAGACACAAGACAUGGCUUAAGAAUGAAAGGAAAUAUAUUCAUAGAAUAUCUCAAUAAACUUAGUAAUUACGAAGAAAACGCAAUGCAUAUAUACAUAUACAUACAUAUAUUUACAUAUACUAGUCGUAAAAUGUUUUAUUAAACCUAUACAUUUACAUACUUCUACAAGAUAAAAAGAUAAAGAUAAAGAUAUUAUAUUAUAUUAUACAUUUAACGACCACAAAACACCCCCUUUGAGAAAAUGGAAACGGAAAGGAACUUGAUACUUCUUCGGAAUACGUAGGCGCGACUUCUUUUCGAUCGUGUGUUUUAAGCCCCGCAGUAUACAUAUAUAGUAAAAUUGUUGUUUUAUUUAUGAGUCGAACUAAUGUCCCGUCAGUUGACUAAGGACAACGCCAAGAAAUAAAAAAUAGUUUUUAGGAGAAAUAGUUUCACGACUUUAUUCUUUGGAUCUCAGCUUAAGACUAAAAAUCAAAUGCAAAUUGGAUUGAGGAGAAGCCUCAGUAUUUGAACAAUAUUUGUAUUUCGGGAGAGCCUCGCUCUUGGGUUCUUAAGAUUAGGUAGCGUUGAAAGAGGGCAGUCAAAUCUGCUUAGGUCAGGCUUUAGGAUGUUUACAAGAACGGCUGCGCUGCCAAAGAUAAACGAAUGCUGCGCAGCUGGGAUACGUUAUGGAAAAUUACUAGAGUGCAUUACUGAUUUCUUUGAAAUAAUGGAAGUGGCUGGUUUGGACCACCCAAAUACGUCACUCCCCUUCCCUUAAAGAGAAGCCUAUACUUGGGCUGGGAUUGAUGGAUAUAGUGUGGGAAAUGGAGUUUCUUCUAUUUCUGUUUGUUGUGGUGUGUUUUGAUUUUGAUUUUUUCUUAUUUUAAGUUUUGCAUACAGCAUCAUAAAUGGUUUAAAUGAUACAUAUCUUAAAUAUGAGUACAACAAAAUUAGUGCGAUUAUUACAAUGAUCAUUUGUAUGUAAAGUGUAAUAUUGUUCUCUGAAAUCAUCUCAACAAUGUCGUUGUGUUUUACAAUUUUUAUUUUUGUUAUAUUAAGUGGUGUGUAUAGUGGUGUCAAAUCUAUUUCUGGUUCUAACAGAUUUUCACUUAAAAUUAUAUUAUUGAUUUCUAUUUUGCAUUGCGUUACUCUUAUCAUUUUGUUUCCUUCUAUUUUUAUUUUAUUAAUUGAAUUUUGGCAAUUUUGGUUUUUCUAUGUUCUGUUUUGGCCAAAUUGCAUAUGUUGCAUUCGUUUAUUAUAUUCUGAAUUAAUAGUUGGCUAUUUGGAAAGAAGUGAUUUUCUUUAAAUAAUUUUGUCAUUUUCUGUAUACCAGGGUGUAAAAGUUUUUCAUGUGAUUGAAGUAUGAUUUCUUUGAAUUCGGCGUAUGAACCAACGUUCUUUAAUAGGAAAAGACUGCGAAUUACUUUUGUGUAGGUGGUAUUAACAAUUUCUAUGUGUGCUCUUUGAAUAAUUUCAAAAUCUACAUCGCUCUCAAUAUAAAUGGUAAUGUUUCUAUGGAUAAAGUGAUCGAGUAAAAUUUGUUUGGCCUUUUCAAGUGUCAUUACAUCAUAUUGAAUUGUGGUAAUGGAGUUACCGAAUAUUUUUGAAUGCUCUACUUUAUUUUUAUCGGAUUUAAUAAAGAUUAUUUGUUUUUUGAAAUAAUUUAUUGGUUUUUCUGUUAAAUGAAUAAGGUUGCUAUUGUCCUCUUCUGCACUAUGUUGAGUAGCUUCACUAUGAUGAUUUUCUUCAAUUUUAAUUCUUGAUAAUGCAUCGGCAACUGAAUUUUCUUUCCCUUUAAUAUAAUCUAUUUUAAAUUGGUAUUCGCUUAAUCUAACUCUCCAUCUUUCUAACUUAGCAUUCGGUUCCUUUAAGUUAUGAAGCCAUCUAAGAGGUUGAUGGUCACUGGCAAUGAGAAAUUGUCGUCCUAGUAAAUAAUGUCGAAAAGUUUUUGUGGCCCAAACUAUGGCAAGUAAUUCUUUUUCGAUAGCACUGUAAUUUAAUUCGUGAUCGUUAAGUGUUCUACUAAUAAAAGAUAUAGGAUGACCGUUUUGAGAAAGGACAGCCCCGAGGGCCAAGUUACUUGCAUCUGUGGUUAAAACAAAUUUCUUUUCAAAAUCAGGUAAUUGUAAAAUUGGGUCACGAAUUAUCAAAGCCUUAAGUUUUUCGAAUGCCUCUAUGUACUCAAGUUUUUGUGUAUCUAUCUUUGCUCCUUUUUUUAAGCAGCUGGUCAUGGGUUUUGCUAUGUCUGCGUAAUUUGGAAUAAAUUUGCGAUAAUAACCUGUUAAUCCAAGGAAAGCUCUUAUCUCUUUUACUUUUGUCGGAAUUGGGUAUGAAACUAUGGCUUUAACUUUAAUAGGAUUUGGUUUAAUACCAUCAGGGGUAACUAUGUGACCAAGAAAGUUAGCUUCCUUUUUUAAGAACUCACAUUUGUCUAGUUGCAAUUUUAAAUUUGCAUCUGCAAGCUUUGUAAAAACUAAUUGUAUUGAAUUUAAAUGUUCUGUAAGGGAUGUUGAAAAAAUUAUAAUAUCAUCCAGAUACACCAAACAGUGUUUGUUAAGCAACGGUCGAAGGAUAUUAUUCAUGCACCUUUGAAAAGUAGCGGGUGCAUUCCUAAGGCCAAAUGGCAUUCGAAGGUAUUCGUAAUGACCGCUUUUUGUGGAGAAUGCAGUUUUAGAAAUUGAUUCUUCGUCCAUUUCUAUUUGAUGAAAUCCCUUUGCCAGAUCGAUCGUUGUAAAAUAUUGGCAUUUACCCAGUUUGCCAAGAAUUUCGUCCAUAUUUGGAAUUGGAUAUCUGUCAGGUAUGGUUAUUUCAUUUAGCUUUCUAUAAUCAAUUACUACCCUGUACUUAUUUACGCCAGAAGCAUCCGGUUUCUUUGGUACGACCCAAGUAGGACUAUUGUAUGGAGAAUUACUUUCCCUAAUUAAUCCCUGAUUCAGCAUUUCCUGUACUUGGUUUUCUACUUCGAUUUCGUGUGUUUGCGCAAGUGGGUAUUGUUUCGAAUAAAUUGGGGAGUUAUGUGUUGUAUUUAGUACGUGUUUAAUUGUAUUUGUAAAUGUUAAUUUCUCUCCCUCCUUAUAUUCAAGAUUUCUAAAUUUAUUUAACAAGCCUUUUAACUUAAAAGUUUCCUCCUGAUUUAGGUGAUCUAAUCGAAACUGUGAAAAAUCUAAUUUUUUUAUUGAUUCCUGAUCUGAGCUUGCAAUUGAUUCUGGUGUCCUUUGGAUAUACAAAUUUUGGUUUCUUUCGGAUUCUGAAGUAAUUAAUUUGUAUGUUUGAUCAAAAAGGGUAACUGUAUCAUUUUUGUAAUUAAUAACUGAUUGAGCAUUUUUCAACAAUUUUCUGCCAAUUAGCAUAUCGUAAUUAUUAGAAAAUCUGUGCACAUAAAAUGGUUCGGUUUUUUUGAAAAUACUAUUUCUGGGUAACAUAAUCAAGUCGUUCAAGGUAAUAGGGCCAUUUGAUGUUAAAACUUCACAUCUACUAUUUUGAAUGGGAAGACAAAAUAUAUUUUCAUUGAUCAUAUUAAUUGUUGAUCCUGUGUCUAGAAGGCAUUUGUAUGAGCGCCCUUUGUAUACUAUUUUUAUGUAUUCGUAUUUUCCGGGGCUGUUAACCGAAAAUUUUCGUUUAGUUCAGAAUUAUUUUGGUUUUGUUUGUUAUUAAUUUGUACAGAUUGGACUUGUUGUUGCCCUUCAUUAAUGAAGCUAUGAUUUUGAUACGGAUUGUAUUGAUUUUGGUUAAAAUACUGUUGCUCGUAAUAAUUAGGUUGGACUUGUUCGAAUUCAUGCGCGUCUUGGAAUCUAAUUUCGUCAAUAGACAUUUUAGUUUGUUCACUGUCCGAUGGUCUUAGUCGUUUAGUAAUCGGGAAGUUAGUAUUUUUAUAUGUAGAGGGUUGUUGUAGUCGAGGGUAUGUAUUUCCUCUAAAAUGCGUUGUUUGGGGAAAUUGGGCUUUGUUGGGAUAUUGUUGGAAAUGAUUUUUUUGAAUAAUGGGUUGUGGGUUUAUGUAUUGGUUGGGUCUGAAAUAAUUAGGUGCGUGCCACAUGGGUGGGUUGUUAGUUAUCUGCUGUGUAUAGCUAGGUCUAAAUGGUUGAAUGUAUUGAUUAAAAUUAGGUUGGAAGGGUUGGGAAUAUUGUGAGUAACUUGGUCGAUUUUGAGUUUGAACAUUUGUAUUGAAUUUUUGUGUUUUCGAAUUCUGGUUAGAAUUUGAAUUUUUAUUACGAUAUUCUGGUUUUUCAUAAAAUUCAAAAUUAAUGUGUUCUUCAUAAAUUCCCUCAUUUUGUGCAAUGGUAAUUAAGGAUCUUAAGUCUGUAAUAUCGUGAUGGGCUAAAAUAGUGAAUAAUUGUAUUGGUAGUUUCCUUAUCAGUAUCUUAAUAGAUUCUUUAAUACCCUGAAUAUAAAUAAGAAAAUCCGAUUGGUUACCUUCCAGGUGUAGUUUCGAAAUUAGUAAUUGACGUCGUCUCUCCGCUUCUUCGCAGAAUGCUCUUAGGCUUCCUCUGUAUGGUGUCUCCCUGAAGUUCUCCAGAAGUUUGUAGUUUGGUGUUUGAAUUUUAAAUUCCGCGAUGAGUCUUGCUUUAAGGGUAGGCCAAUCUUCGAUGUUCGGAAGUCCCAAAGAUCGUGUAAUUUGUCCGUCCAAGUUCCUUUCGAUGGCUCCCAGUAGAAUCCUCUGUUGUCGGACAUCAUUUGUUUGGUAGAGCGAAAUUACGUAAUCCACUCUGCUGAUAAAGGUGUGAAGGGUUUCUGGAUCACCCUUGAAUGGCAUAAUGUCUUUAAGCUGCCGACGGGCUUCGGCAAGGUUUAUGUCGCUCAGCGCAAUAAUUGGUUGUGACAUUUUUAUUGUAAAAUUUUUAACUUUUGUGUUUUAUUUUUUUGUUUUGUUUCGGAUUCAAUGUUAUUAUUAUUUUUAAGCUUUCUAGUUUCACUUGUUUUUUUUUUUUGUUUUGUAAAUUUUUGUGUUGUAUUAUUAAAAUUCUAUAUUGUUUUAAUUUUUUAUUUUUAUAUGUUGGUUUUAAAACUUAGUUGCCUUUGGACUUAAUAUUUUUGUUUCGUAUUUCACUUCCACUUAUUAUUGGAUAACCGAAUUGGAAUUAUAAUCCAAGUUGAAGAGUUUUCACGAAUUUAUUUUGGGAGAUGUUUCGAGCACUGGACUAUAAAAUUUAACUUAUUUUCCACUCGAAGGUUCUUUUUUUUCGGAUACUUUUGUAUCCUACCGACUGCGCCAGUAAAAUUGUUGUUUUAUUUAUGAGUCGAACUAAUGUCCCGUCAGUUGACUAAGGACAACGCCAAGAAAUAAAAAAUAGUUUUUAGGAGAAAUAGUUUCACGACUUUAUUCUUUGGAUCUCAGCUUAAGACUAAAAAUCAAAUGCAAAUUGGAUUGAGGAGAAGCCUCAGUAUUUGAACAAUAUUUGUAUUUCGGGAGAGCCUCGCUCUUGGGUUCUUAAGAUUAGGUAGCGUUGAAAGAGGGCAGUCAAAUCUGCUUAGGUCAGGCUUUAGGAUGUUUACAAGAACGGCUGCGCUGCCAAAGAUAAACGAAUGCUGCGCAGCUGGGAUACGUUAUGGAAAAUUACUAGAGUGCAUUACUGAUUUCUUUGAAAUAAUGGAAGUGGCUGGUUUGGACCACCCAAAUACGUCACUAUAUGUCUAUGAUCAUGAUCUAUAUGUGCUCGGCGUAACCAUUGCAUACACAGUAGCGAAGCCCAAAGAUAUUAUUAUUAACUAACUACAACUACUACUACUCAAAUUGAUAUGUUUAGUGGCAAAGACUAUAUUGAUUUAUGUUUAAUCUAUGUUCGAGAACGAAGCGCAUCGAAAUGCUUUUAAGACGUAUUACACAACCAACUGUAAUUAUUAUCUGAUAUUUUCAAAGAUUUUAAACAACUUUUAUACGUAAACAAAAAUCACAUAAAAAUUAAAAAAAAACAACAAAAACGAAACGAAAAACAUUUAUUUCAAAAUAAACGAAUCGAGACAGUGAGGCGUGGGGCAGUCUGCGAUAAUAUGCAGGGCGGUCAAACCUACAGAUAUAAUUACAAAUAUUGAUGUGCAUACAAUAAACUUAUGCCUUUCCCUACAACCCGAAAAGUCCUCUUCCUUGGCCCGGAAUCGAAAAAAAUGUCAAAAAAGAAACAAAAAUGGGCCAACACAGCUGGCGAGGCGAAAGCGAAAAGUUGCCAGCAUAUACACAAAUAUAUUUCUGUAACUUCUAUAAUACACCAAGCGCCUGAUAAGCGCUAAAGAAUAAUAUCUAAAACGAAAACGGAUCAAAAACAAAGUACUUCAAUGAGAAAUAAAACGAUAUUUAAAGAAUUCAAACUACCAUGUUCUAACGGGAUG